GGGUUAACUUACGAUCCAACCUCCAUCAUCGCAAGCGAAGCCAAGCCUCUCCCUUACAUUCUCUAAUCCACGCCUGAUUGGUCUUGAGCUUAUGCGCACAUAGCAGUGGACGAGUCUCGGGUGCAUAUGGUCGAGCCUCUCCGCGCCCCUCAAUCCACGAACCAAGCACCCUGCCCAGGCAAAGGACGGAGGUCUGCCUCGUGUCGCCAUUUGAAGUCCUUUGAGGGCGCCUCGAGAAGCCAGACUAGUCGUAUAGCCCAUUUGAGGCGGUGAAUCAUACUUGCCCACAGGGUUAACGGUGCACACGUGGCCCAGCAUGACCACUCACGAGUCGGACGUCUUGUCCAUCCUGGAUCAGUAUCCAAAGAUCCGACAAUUUGAUGCAUUUCCCAAGACAGCACCAGUGCACCGAUUACGAUCCUCCAGAGGUGGAAGCGUGACGCUUGGUGUCGCACUGAUCCUGCUCAUGCUGGUGUGGGGGGAGCUGAAAUCUUACAUUUAUGGUCAACCUCACUAUGCUUUUGAUGUGGAGCAUCACAUCGGCGGAGAGAUGCAGAUCAAUGUAGACAUGACUGUUGCUAUGAAGUGUCAUUAUUUGACUGUGGAUGUCAGGGAUGCAGUGGGGGAUCGGUUGCACAUUUCGGACUCGGAGUUCAAAAAGGACGGCACUACUUUCGACAUCGGCCACGCCGGAAAGAUGAGUUCUUUACCCACUGAGGAACUGUCGCUUGGCCGAACAAUCUCAAAGGGCGCGAAGCCUCGGUACAGCAGGCAACACACUUUCAAGCCCACCGCACAUGUGGUACCCGACGGACCCGCUUGCAGAAUUUACGGCAGCGUCGAGGUGAAGAAGGUCACUGGAAACCUGCACAUUACGACGCUCGGACAUGGAUACUGGAGCUGGGAACAUACCGAUCACGAGCUCAUGAACCUCACUCACGUGGUCCACGAAUUCAGCUUCGGGCCAUACUUUCCCGCCAUUGCGCAACCGCUGGACGGGAGCGUCGAGGUGACCAAGCAGCACUUUACCGUAUUUCAGUACUUCAUUCAGAUCGUGCCGACUCGCUAUAUCGAUCGAUGGGGCCGAAGCCUCUCGACAAAUCAGUACAGCGUGACUGAGCAAACCAGGCAACUGGACCAUGGACAGGGCGUACCAGGUCUCUUUUUCAAGUUCGACGUCGAGCCGCUCACCAUGAUCAUACACGAGCGGGCGACGAGCCUGAUCACAUAUCUGGUCCGUCUAGCAGGCAUACUUGGAGGCGUCUGGGUGUGUGCAGGAUUCGGACUACGACUGGGCGAGAGGGUGGUCAAAGUCUCGUAUGAGGCGUUGGGAGGAAAGAAGGACGAGGAUCCGUCGGACUACGCUAGGGCGUACGCCAGCUCCUACAGCACCAAUCCGUCUGCAGGACACUAUGGCGCUCUAAACUCCACGCAUUCGUCGGGAACACAUCAUCGUCCUAAUGCGGGCCCGACGCCCUAUGGUGGCGGGCAAAGAAGCGCCAGCGGGGGCUGGAUCGGAGAUGCGGUAGACGGUGCGAAGGGUGCUUGGCAAGGCAUGAAUCUGUCGAUACCAGGUUCGGGUCACAAGCAUACAGAAAGCGUCCAGCAGCGCAUUUACUCGGAGGAAGGCCGUGCCCCUUGGUAAAGUAACGGCCAUCGUUUCCAUCUCAUCCACUGGCCAUCAAGGCCGAUCAACCCGUUUCUCGAUUGUGCGCACAGUGCUCGACCAGAAAUGAAUGUCACGAAUUUCUCGACGCUUUUCGACGCUUUUUGUGG